AUGGAUCAGCCAAAGAGAACAAUAUUAUUUGUUGUUUCACAUUCAAACGAGUUUCAUGAGAUGAACAGCAGUACUGGUUGUACGCAAAAACCAAAGAAGAAGAUCUUUAAAGCGAUCAAAGGCUUUAAAAGACCACUAGAAUUGUCUGUUGUAGAUACUGUUGGUUUAGCUGACCCCCAACAAGAAAAUGAAAAGAUCUUUAGAAAUAUUGGUGAGACAUGUCAUUCAUUAAGAACAACUGGUAUCAAUCAAAUUAUAUUUGUGACAAAGGAUAGAUUUGAUACUUGUGAAUUGGCAUGCUUCCAAUUAGUUAUCAAGACUUUGUUUGCAGGUGAUGGUGAUGACAAGGAGGAGCUUGACAAGUGUCUCAAACAUACCACCAUCAUUAGAACUGGAACAACCUUUUUCAAGGACGAAGCCAAAUGUAAAAAGGAUCUAGAGGGUCUUAAAAACUCUGAUCCUUUUAUGAAAGAGAUGAUUGAAAAGUGUAACGCCUUUAUAUAUGUAAACAAUCCACCAGACAAUGCUGCAACCAGAGAGGAAUCGAGAACUAAAAUAUUGAACCAUCUCAUUGACAAUUGUUCAAAUUGCUUCUUCCCCAGUCAACUCAAGCAGCUUGCCGGAGAGCUCAAGCCAUCGAUGUCCUUGAAAAAGACAAUUCUCACCAAAUUAAAACUAGCUAAAAAGGAACCAAACUCUGAGGUCAAGACCAAGGAACUCGAAAAAGAAUUGGAAAAGGUUGAAAAGAAAUCAAAUAACAUUCUAAAGAAAAUCAUGGAGUUAAAGAACCCUGGAAUGUUUGAAUUCACAGGCAAUCUAUUCACACAAGCACUCCGCCACUUUGUGGCAAGAGCUAAUUUGGCAAAGACAAUGAAUGGUAGUACACAAUUAGACAACAAACCUGCCAACCCUCCAACAUUAGCAAUAGCACCAACAACAACAACAACUACAACUACAACUACAACACCAGCAGCAGCUUCAGUUAUCAUUGCAACUGCUCCUCCUCCAAAGAAAGAAGAAGAAAAAGAAGAAAAAGAAGUAAAACAAUUAAAGAAAAUAGUUAAAAAGGUAGAGGUUGCUCCUGCUGUUCAGGAAGAAGAAUCGGAUCAAGACUCGUCUGAACAAGAAGAGGAAGAGGAGGAGGAAAAAGUUCCAGAAAAAAAAAUAGUAAAGAAAAUAAUCAAAAAAAAGAUAGUAGCAGCUGCUCCACUCGAGGAUAUAAGCGAUACUCAAUCAGUUGACUCUGAUUUGUCUGGGUCAACUUCAUCGACCACCACACCAACCAAAAAGAAAACAAUCAUUGUCAAAAAGAAAAAAUCAACCACACCAACAACUGCUGUUGAAAACAGCGGUUCUGAUGACUCUAGUAUUGGAAGUGCAGGAGGAGAAUCACCAGUCAUUCUCAGAAGAAAAGAGGCUGCUGACCCAGAUGAAGCAGAAGCCAAACCAAAAAGAAUCGUUAAAAAAAAAGUACUUAAAAAAGUUGUAAAGAAUGUAUCAGUAUCAAAUCUAAAUGAAUCAUUAGAAAAUUGUCAAGUAACAGAAUAA